AUAAAAUGUGGAGGAAAACGUUCUUCUGCUGGCCUUUACUCUCAGGAGUAAAAACAGUAGCAUUCUUUGAUAUCGCAAUGGUUGUAAUCUCAUCUCUGUUCCUUCUCUUAGUCCUUGCACUAAACGAUGAUGGAGCAGUCAUCUUAAUACUAGCAGUAUUUGAAUUCCUGUUGGUGACAAUCCCAAGAGGAGCUAUGGGGAUUCUCAUUACGAAGAAAAAGUAUCCUCAAAAUAUAGCUAAGUACUACGCAUUCGUCAGAGUUGGCACAAUGCUUCCAAUGAUCAUUCUAAAUAUUUUGGAAAUGGGCGAAGAGGCCCAUAUUAGUGAAGAGAAAUAAAGAAGAAGGCUCUAGAAGAGGAUCUAAGGGGUCAGUCAUCUUCUUUGGUGUCAUUUUCCUUUUUGGCAAUAUCAUCUUAGACCUCUUCUUCGCCCACGUACUGUUUAGUUAUUUUAAGAAUGGGAAUGAGUAUGAUCCCAGAAGAACGGAUUUAGGAGCUCAGAAUAAUCAACAGGUUCCUCAAGGGAUCAAUCUGGGUCCGAAUGGGGGACUACAACAAAGGCCAGCACAUGAGCCUCGGCAACACUCAUUUGCCCAACACCCUGAAGGAAUCAGAGUUGGAGGGGAAAUUGAUGAAAACCAACUCGAAGGUAAAGAUCCCAAAGUUGUAGGAAAAGAACUUGCGGAUAUUGAGUUAAGCCUUAAUGGAGGGAUCAACCAAGACAAUGAGCUUGAUGAAUUUAACGAACAACCAGGAAUAAGUCCUAAUAUUAGUGUCGAUGACACUCCUCCUGAUGUUGAUGAUUACUAUAAUGGAGCAGGUAACCAAGUGGUGGAUGCUCCGAAUAACUAUAGAGUUCAGCCAUCAUAAAACAAUUCGCCUGACCAAAAUGAUAAACUAAUUUAUUGCUGUUCAAUUUUA